AUGCACUCCAAGACGCCAUCAGUGACCUGCAUGGUCCUCACAUUCCUUACCUUCUCUUCUCUCGCCCUCGCAUAUCCUGUACCUACAUCGAACAAGCACAAUGUAUCGAGAGCGGUGAGUUCGAGAUCUCCUGACCCGCGAAUGAUCCCUCAGGCCGCUACUCCCGACGACGAGAACAGCGAUCUCAUCGACACUCUCUUUGACUCUAUUGGGCUCCACGACUUGACCAAACUCAAUCACUGGAAGUCGGACAAUGAGCCCGAUGUCAUCGAUGACAGCAACAGCCCUACAAAGACCGUGACCUCCCAAAACAACGAUGUCAAUCAAGAGGAUGACGAUGAGACAGAUAAUGGGAAGGAUACAAACAAGGAUACCGAUAAGGUUGCCGAUGACUCGACCUCCAAUGAUAACAAGAAAGACUCUGACGACGGCAAGAGUAGUAAGGGUGGCAGGCUUCCAAACCCAGCAGCGGACCCUUCCGGAUUCGUGAAGGCCUUGAUGGAGAACAUACAGGACGCCUUCAAGGAUGCUGUGGACAGCAGUGACGAGCAUACACUGCACUGA